AUGCCUCCGAAGGUGGAGCUGCGGAAUCUCAAUCCGCAGAGCAUGGCCAAGUUUUUUUCCGAGUCUACGUACUCGGACAAGCGUGCCUCCCGCGAGUCCUUGGCCAGUACGACGGCCACUUCGGGAGCUGGUGAUGGUGCUAUGGUAGGCGGAUCUAAAGGAUCGGGGCCCGCCACCGCCAAAGGCAAAGCUACCAAAGGCGAGCUCGCGAAGGGCAAGGCUGGAUCAGGGGGGCAGGCAAACCCUGGCAAGGGCAGCCUCGCGAAGGGCAAGGCUGCUGGAGCAGAUGAUCACACAAACCCUGGCAAAGGCAAGAUCGCGAAGGGCAAGGCUGGAGCAGGGGAUCAGGCAAACCCUGGCAAGGGCAAGAUCGCCAAGGGCAAGGCUGGACCAGAUGAUGAGGCAAACCCUGGCAAAGGCAAGACCGUGAAGGGCAAGACUGAUCAGGCACACCCUGGCAAGGGCAAGAUCGCGAAGGGCAAGGCUGGACCAGAUGAUGAGGCAAACCCUGGCAAGGGCAAGAUCGCGAAGGGCAAGGCUGGAGCAGGGGAUCAGGCUAACCCUGGCAAGGGCAAGACCGUGAAGGGCAAGGGUGGAGCAGAUCAGGCAAACCCUGGCGGCAAAGGCAAGACCGUGAAGGGCAAGGGUGGAGCAGAUGAUCAGGCAAACCCUGGCGGCAAAGGCAAGACCGUGAAGGGCAAGGCUGGAGCAGAUGAGCAGGCAAACCCUGGCAAAGGCAAGACCGUGAAGGGCAAGGCUGGAGCAGAUGAGCAGGCAAACCCUGCUGGCAAAGGCAAGACCGUAAAGGGCAAGGCUGCAGGAGCAGAUGAUCAGGCAAUCCCUGCUGGCAAAGGCAAGAUCGCGAAGGGCAAGGCUGGAGAAGGGGAUCAAACAAACCCUGCUGGCAAAGGCAAGCUCGCGAAGGGCAAGGCUGGAGCAGGGGAUCAGGCAAACCCUGCUGGCAAGGGCAAGGUCGCGAAGGGCAAGGCUGGAGCAGAGGAUCAGGCAAACCCUGGCAAAGGCAAGACCGUGAAGGGCAAGGGAAGUGGCCAGGGAAUGGCAGGCAAAGGCAAGCCAGGAUCCGCAAAGUCAAGUGGCAAAGGUACCAUUGACCCCGAUGCCGAAGAGUAUGAGGAGGUCCAGGUGGAGGAAGUGGAGUGUGAGGAACACUGCGACGAAGAGGUGGAGGAACCGGAGGAGGAAAACGAUCAGGAUGAUGAUGACUUGGUGGAGGAUGAUGAUGAUCCUGAAGGAUCUGGUGAUGGAGGUGAAGACCUUGAGGAGGGGUGGGGUGACGAGGACGAGUGGGGUGACGGGUGCGAGGAGGAGGCCGAGACCGAUGACGAAGGUAUCCCCACUUCCGGCUAUGCGGAUGAUGGUCAGGAUGCUGCCGAAGCCGAUCCUGCAGCGGGCCAUGUCGAGCCUCAGUGUCCGUUCGGAGCCGUCUUCCUCUAUGUCAGAGUCCUGAGCCCUGAAGAAAGAAAGCAGAUCCAGGCAAUGACGCACCCGAAAGAAAUGGAUGCCGGGGAACGCCGUCGGCAGCGUGAAGCCAUGAAGCGGCGCAUGUCGCAUCCUCAAGGACUUCCUGCCGGCUUGCUCGAGAAGUGGGAAGCAACCACCUCUACGACCGGCAAGUUUGAAUUCUUGAAAGCGUUUAUGCUCGACGAGAACAUGACUUCCAUGCACAUCGAAGCGGAGUACAAAGAGUACUCGGAGAAGCGCCAGGAAGGUCAUUACAUUGAGCUCCCGCUCCACGAACUAGAAGAGAAAUACAACAAGACAGAAGAAGGCCGACGAUUUCUUCGUGAUGAUAUCCUGGCCAAACAGACUGGUCGCGAGCACCCACAAGCAAAAGGCAAUGCUGCAUGGCGCUUGUAUAAGAUCUACGAACACGGAAAAGAGAUCAGCGCCAACGUGACCAAGGUGGGCACAAAGACGAGAGUCAAGAAGAGCAUCGGCAAAGCGGACACGGCCACGAGAAAAAAACUCGCGGAGGUCUUGACCUCCCAAGGUGCCGACCAUGUGAAGGGCACGGAGGAGAGCAAGAAGCCGAAACCGAACAAGGUUCUCACGGAAGAGGAGGUGAAGAAACGUGAUUUCGAGAAAGCCAUGACCCAGCUCCUUGCCCUAGCUGGCAAAGCCAGAUUGGUUGCCCAGAACCUCAAUCGGUCGGGCAUGGAACGCCAAGAGGCCGGGAUCUUAAGCUAA